UAGCCCUGGAAUGUAUACACUGUCUCCCUGCCCAGCAGUCCUUGCACAAAGCUCUAGAAAACUAUGAAAGUGCCUUCAGCAUAAACAAAUCCAGAAAUCUCCCAGGACAAAUCAUUUGCCAACUGAAAGAAAGGCCUGGGGUUUAUGGUUUCCCUCGGAGCUAGAGGUAGAAACUCUCCGGGGGGAUAAGUCAGACCAGGCACCAGUGGAUGUCACCGCAGCAAAACAAGGAUGGACGAGGAGUCACCAGAUGGGCUGCUCUUCAAAGACCACGACUUCUCUUCUGAUUUGUUGAGGCAGCUCAACAGCUUAAGGCAAAGCAGGAUCCUGACUGAUGUGAGCAUCUGUGCCGGUGCCCGGGAGAUCCCCUGCCACCGCAAUGUGCUGGCCUCCAGCAGCCCCUACUUCAGGGCUAUGUUCUGCAGCAGCUUCCGGGAGAAGAGUGAAGCCAAAGUGCAGCUGAAAGGCAUUGACCCCCCAACCCUGGACCAGAUCGUCUCCUACGUGUACACGGGGGAGGCACGCAUUGCUGCUGACAAUGUCCUCCCCGUGAUGGAGGCCGCCUCCAUGCUACAGUUCCCCAAGCUGUUUGAGGCCUGCUCCUCGUACUUGCAGAGCCAGCUGGCCCCCAGCAACUGCCUGGGCAUGAUCAGACUCUCAGAAAUCUUAAGCUGCGAGACCCUCAAGAAGAAAGCCAGGGAGGUGGCACUGACGUCCUUCCCAGAGGUGGCCGCAUCGGCCGACCUGAAGGAGCUCUGUGCCUUGGAGUUGAGGGACUAUCUCGGAGAUGAUGGGCUCUGUGGGGAGGAGGAAAAGGUGUUUGAGGCCCUCAUGGUUUGGAUCAAGCAUGACCUCCAGGCCCGGAAGCGAUACAUGCAGGAACUGUUCAAGCAGGUCAGGCUGCAGUACAUCCACCCGGCCUUCUUUCACCACUUCAUCGCCAACGAUGCCCUCCUGCAGUCCUCGCCUGCAUGCCAGAUCAUCUUGGAGACCGCCAAGAGACAGAUGUUCUCUUUGUGUGGCACCAGCGUCCCAGACUGCAAACUCCUGUUGCAUGUCCCUCCAAGAAACUCUUACCAAGAUUUCCUCAUCCUCUUGGGCGGAAGGAAGGACAGCCAGCAGACCACCAGGGACGUCCUACUGUACAGCAAACAGACCGGCCAAUGGCAGAGCCUUGCCAAACUCCCGACACGGCUGUACAAGGCCUCUGCCGUCACCUUGCACCGCAGCGUCUAUGUGCUGGGGGGCAUGGCUGUCAGCUCAGGGAGGAGUCUGGUCAGUCACAAUGUCUACAUCUUCUCCCCGAAACUCAAUCAGUGGAGGCUGGGGGAGCCCAUGCUGGUGGCCCGCUACUCCCACAGAAGCACUGCCCAUAAGAACUUCAUCUUCUCCAUCGGGGGGAUUGGAGAAGGGCAGGAGCUCAUGGGCUCCAUGGAAAGGUAUGACAGCAUCUGCAAUGUCUGGGAGAGUAUGGCCAGCAUGCCCGUGGGGGUGCUCCACCCCGCAGUCGCCGUGAAAGACCAAAGACUCUAUCUCUUUGGAGGAGAGGACAUCAUGCAGAACCCUGUGCGCCUUAUCCAGGUUUAUCACAUUUCCAGAAACUCGUGGUUCAAAAUGGAGACAAGAAUGAUCAAGAACGUGUGUGCCCCUGCAGUGGUGCUUGGGGAGCGGAUUGUCAUUGUGGGAGGUUACACAAGGAGGAUUCUUGCUUAUGACCCUCAAUCCAACAAAUUUGUCAAAUGUGCAGACAUGAAAGACUGGAGGAUGCACCAUGGGGCCACAGUGAUGGGAAACAAACUCUACGUGACGGGCGGGCGGCGGCUGACCACGGACUGCAACAUUGAGGACUCCGCCUCCUUCGAUUGCUACGACCCCGAGACGGACACCUGGACAUCCCAGGGACAGCUGCCGCACAAGCUCUUUGACCAUGCCUGCCUCACUCUCCACUGCAUACCCCGCACAUCUGGCCUCCCAUGAGGUCGACAAGAAACCUUCUGCCCUAGUCAAAAUGCCUUCUGUUGCCAGGGACACAAACCCAGCUCCAAAGGGCUUAACCCUUAAAGGCUGCAGGGAGAGCUCACAAGACUGAGGUACCAGAGUCGGGAGGCCUGGAACUAGGCAUUGCAUUGCCAGAACUCUCUCUCUCCUUCUCUGCUUCUCUCUUUAUCUCUCUCCCCCACCUCCAUCUGUCUCUGUCUCUCCCCCUUCUUUCUUUCUUUCCCCUAUCUCUGUCUGUCUCUCUCUCUCUCUCUUUCUUUUUUUUGAGAUGGAGUUUCACUCUGUAGCCCAGGCUGGAGUGCAGUGGUGCUAUCUCAGCUCACUGAAACCCCCACCUCCCAGGUUCAAGCGAUUCUCACACCUCAGCCUCCUGAGUAGCUGGGAUUAUAGGCAUGUGCCACCAAGUCCAACUAAUUUUUGCGUUUUAGUAAAGACAGGGUUUCACUAUGUUGGCCAGGCUGGUCACGAACUCCUGGUCUCAAGUGAUCCACCGACCUCAGCCUCCCAAAUGCUGAGAUUACAGGCGUGAGCCACCACGCCUGGCCUGUCUCCUUUCUGUCUCAGUUUCUGUCUCUCUUCUCUCUCUCUGAGUCUGUCUGUCUCCCCCUCUCUGCUUCUCUCUCUUCUCUGUCUCUCUGCCUCUCUCUGCGCCCCCCCCCCCAGUCUCCCCUCUCUCUUCCUCUCUCUCAUCCCUAGGUUUUCCUCUCUCUCUAGCAAUCUUCUUCAUUUACCCACACAGUGUGUGGACAAUGACAAAUGAUAAACCCAGACUCAUUUUCCAGCUUUAUAUCUUCAGGAGAGAACUUUGCCAUUAUCCAUAUAUUAAACCUAAAAAACAAUGCUUAUGGGCCUCUUUUGAAUUCCAUGUCUACCUCUUGAGCCAAUCACUGUUGCCAGGACUGGCUAGUCCUGGACCACAUCCCCACAGACAGAGGUGGGGUUACCUGUUGUCACUGACAGCCCAUCCAAACUGCAUAUAAUGGGUUAGAAGCAUUUCCCCAAAGAGAGAAAUCCAGACAAAAACCACAUCUGCCCAGGACACCACUGAAAUCUGGAACAAGAGGGCUGAGAGACCCCAGAGGAUUCCUGGAACUGCUUGGUCCAGGUGGCAGCGUGAGAAAUUGGCCCUGACCUUGUUUUUCUGCAUUCUAUGGAUGUAGUACAUUGAAAUUCCAGAGAUAUAUGCACAAUUCAGUAUCUAAUGUUUGUAAAAUUAUCCUGCACUGCCAGAAUAAAGUUUGUUUCUGGUGCCAAA